UCGACUCCUUUUAAAAAUGAGACUAUCCUGCCUUACAAGUCAUACCCUUCGCCUCCUGCACUCUCCUCCUUCGUGUAUUGGCAUCAUCACAAAAAGCCCCACAAAGAGAAAGAUCAGGUCCUUAGGUUUCCAAUACCGCCAUCAGACAAUAAUUACAAGAAUGACAUCUUCAUCAUCUGCUUCCGCAUGGGAAUGCUCAAAAUGCACGUACCUCAACCCUCCCACCCAGAAAUCAGCCUGCCAGAUGUGUCUCUCUCCUUUGCGGUGGUCCUGCAAAGCCUGCACCUUCUCCAACACCUUUAACAACACCAAGUGCGAAAUUUGCAACACCAGAGCCUCUCCUCUCUACCAUGGAUUGGGUUUGGUUUCUGCCGACGACGAUGAUGAUGAUUUGGAUGCUUCAAUUGGUUCCGUUUUCCUUCCUUUACAGCGGUGCAAAAGGAAAAGUCAAUCAGGGGCCGAGAUUGUCCCUGAUGAUGAUGGCAACGAUCAAAAGGAAUCGGGGGAACAUUGCAGCUGGAAAUCAGCGAAGAAGGCGGUGUCCGUCUCAGGGGAUACAAAUGCCUCUUCUGGUCCAAGUACAUUGAAAAUUUUGAGUUAUAAUGUUUGGUUCCGAGAAGACAUGGAAUUACACAAGAGGAUGGAAGCAAUUGGUGACCUUAUUCAACAGCAUUCACCAGAUCUUAUUUGUUUCCAGGAGGUCACACCAAAUAUUUAUGACCUUUUUCAGCAAUCCGGCUGGUGGAAAGUAUAUCACUGUUCAGUUUCAAAUGAGAAGGCAAAAAUGAGACCAUACUUUUGCAUUCAGCUGAGUAAAUUACCUGUAAAAGCAUUCGACUGUAAACCUUUCAGCAAUUCCAUUAUGGGAAGAGAGCUAUCCAUUGCUGAUGUCGACAUCGGGGCAGGCCAAAGCUUGGUUGUUGCCACUAGCCACCUUGAGAGCCCCUGCCCCGCCCCACCCAGAUGGGAUCAGAUGUUCAGCAAGGAACGCGUCGCCCAAGCAAAGCAGGCUAUCAAUCUUCUCAAGGAUUCACCAAAUGUCAUAUUCUGUGGCGAUAUGAACUGGGAUGACAAGUUGGAUGGGGCAUUCCCCCUUCCUGAUGGGUGGAUUGACGCAUGGGCCGAGCUCAGGUCUGGAGAGAACGGAUGGACAUACGAUACCAAGUCCAACCCUAUGUUGUCUGGUAAUCGGACAUUACAGAAGCGACUUGACAGGUUCAUAUGCAACUUGCACCAUUUUAAAAUAAUUGGCAUUGAUAUCAUUGGGGUGGAGGCGAUACCGGGGAUUUCUUACUGCAAGGAGAAGAAAGUAAGGAAAGAGGUGCAGAAGUUGGUGUUGCCUGUUUUACCAAGCGAUCAUUAUGGGUUGCUCUUAACAAUCUGCAACAUAUAAAGCUUUUUUUUUUUUUUUUUUUUUGGGGGGGGUCCCAUUUUGGUGCUGGAAAAGAAUCAUAGGCUUGAUAGAUUGACUAUAUUGCUCUCGUCUUUUCACUUCUUAAGUUGGACAAGGGUUGUGUAUAGCAAGCAGCUCUGCUGGGUAGAAAAUUGCAUGUUCUGGCAUCUCUCAGUCAAGAGGAAUUAUUAUUAGA